AUGAGUAGCAGCAAUUCUGCGACCUCGUCAAAGGCUCGACUUCGCACCAGGUCUGGGUGCCUGACGUCUGAUCUUGACAGUUGUUGGCUCACCCGGGCCGGAGCAGGUAGGAAACGCCGGGUCAAAUGCGGCGAGGAGAAGCCUACCUGCCGCAACUGCACCACCGCCGCCGCGCGCGAGUGCGUCUGGCCGGGCCCCGAGUCCGACCUGGUCGACGGCAGGCAUCGCCAGAACCGCUCGGUGCAGCGUCGUGGCGACAAGGACGCCGACCUCGCCGGCAAGCUGUCGUCUUCACUGUCCACCUUGACCCUCAAAACGGGCAGUCCUCCGUGCAAGGCGCUGGCCGAUAAUACCAUCAGCGCUGCCGCGAGGCUCGGCGUGUCGGAGGAGAUUGAGCUGGAGCUCGUGCGGCACCACAGCGGGGCGUUCUUCUUCGAGAUCCUCACCAUCCCGACGGCGGAGCGCGCGGACCUGACCGACUUUCACGAUGGAGUGGUUCGGAUGAUGCAAGAAUCGCCCAGCGUCAGGAGCGCGGUGCUGGCCGCCAGCGCCGCCAGCAUCUCGGCCCUCUCCAAGGACCGCAGCUACCAGAACAUUGCCCUGCGCUACUACGCCGACGCCGUGACGCACUGCGCCGACGGGCUGCGGGCCCUGGAGAAAUCACGCACCGGGCCUAGCGACGUCAUUCUCACGACUGUCAUCUGGCUCUACAUUCACGAUCUCUGGAGCCUGGACCCAGAGCUCGACGCGAGAAAGCACGUCGCCGGCGCCGUCAAUCUCGUCCGCUGGGGAAGACUGUGCGCCAAGACGGGCUCCGCGCCGCACUGGAACCGCGUCACCAUCAAGAGCGUCCUCUACCAGGCCCUCUACCUUGCCAUCCGGCGGCCCCUGGACCCGGACUUUCACGUCGAUCACCAGUUCCUGUCCGAGUGCCAGGACGGGAGCACCACCUCGGACGACUCGUGGCUUGCCAGCAUCGGCCAUGGCGUCCAGAGUCCCGUCCUCGGCCUCCCGCUCGAGCUCUACGGACUCGUUGCUUCUGUGGUCGAUCUGCGAUCCUCGCGAAAGGCCAGCGCUCGGGGGGUGGGCGGCAUGGAUGAUGAGGAUUGCGACGAUGGUAUCCAUCACAAUAACCCUGACAAGGCCAAGGCCAAGGGCAAGAGGCAGGAGGACAGGAGCAGGCACAAACACUCGCCGGAGCGCAUCGAUCAGCUCCGAAAACAGGUCGAGCACUGGGAGCGCACAGCCCUCAUCACAGACAGCAGAUUCUACCCCCAGUCCCCAGUCUCCACCCCGGGGCAGUCCGAGCCGUCGCCGUCUCCGCCUCUUUCGUCGCCUCAGGCUCAGCCCCAGCCUGGCGACUUUGGCGGGCAGGCGCUCUUCUUUUACGUCCUCGGAACCUCGCUCCUCCUGGACCUCUUCUCCCUCGACGACCCGACGCCGACGCCACCGACCACGCUCUCGUCGUCGUGGCAGGUGCGGGCCGCGCUGGAGGCCCUGCGCGAUCUGGAGCGCUGCCGGAGCCUGAUUGGCUCCUACCUCGGCACGUGGCCGCUCCUCGUCAUCGGCCUGUUUGUGACGGUCAGGGAGGACGUCGCCACGGUGCGCUCCAGGCUGAAGCAGCUGAUCGAGCGGACGGGCUUUGGGGAGGCGCAGCGGAUGCUGGCCGAGCUGGAGGGGGCGUGGGCUUGUUUGAAGUACUAA